AUGAUCAACGUCGACCUCGUCGCCGACUCCUACUCCAUCAUCGGUGUCAUGAUCAACGUCGUAGUCUUGAUGAAAUCCAUAGCGCUAAUAGUCCUGUUGGGACUAGUCGGCUUGGCACGAGGCGAUCUCAUUCAACUUCUAGGAAAGGAGGCCGAACUUAGCAUUUUCAAGGAGAGCCUGUACGGCGCCACGUGGCUCUCAUUUGUCCAGGAUGAUGGAAAAAUCACGGUCUUCGCGCCGACCAACCACGCCAUCGAGCUUUUCGAUCGUCUCGAAUUCGAGCGUCAGGCGGAAGCCCACAAGAAGUCGUUCUUGAGAAACUUUUUCGUGCAAGCCCGAAUAAGAACCGAAGAGCUGCCUGAUCGCUCUGGAUCCUUCCAGAAAGCCAGUCCAUUGUUCUACACGAAAAAAUGGGAAGACGGACAAGAGAAAGUUUACGUCAACGAAGCCCAAAUCAUCAGACAGGCUGCGGGGACCGAGGAUAUCACAAUCUACCUCAUCGACAGGGUUCCGAACUUCAAGCAAUUCGAGAACGUCCCGCCAAGCGCCAAGGACUUGCUGAAGGACCUGGACAAGCUAUUCGGCCUCAAGGGCCUCUCAGUUGACGGAUUCAGGAGUCGAGUAGAGAAGUUGAAACUAUGGGAUCUCUUCGCAACGCAACGAGGAACUUUCUUCUUCCCAAUGAUUGAAUCACCAGAUUCUCGACUCACAGAAGAAAUCGUCCAGGCUCACGUCAUUCCUGGGAAAGUUCUCUUUACACCGCACUUCCAACACGAACGAUUCUUCACAGCCACCCGAGGCGAGGGUGGAAGACGCUUCCAGAUCAGCCUUGUCAACGAAACUGACAACCAUAUCUCGAACCAGCUGAACGAUCGAUCAUUCAUUCCAGUUUUGGUCAAGAGCACGAGUGUCGGCAACAAGCCGGGAGAGAAGACAUCGAUCGUUUCCCGACUGCAUCUCGCGAACGUGCCCGUUGAGAACGGAGUCGUACACUUCAUCGGAGCACCAUUGGGUUUCCCCACGAAAUCCGUAUGGGAUUAUCUCCAGAACGAAAAGGAGAGUCUGAACCGGUUCAACAACUUCGUCGAUAUCGUCAGAAACUCGGUAGAAUUCAAGAACGAGCUCCGCAGAGCCGAUAGGAAGACGCUCUUCAUUCCGAGCAACCACGCUAUCAGCGUUCUGCCAGCAGACGUUUGGAGUCAGUACAAAUCGAAUCAGAGCGAACUAACGAAACUACUGAAGUACCAUUUAGUGCAAGGCCAAACCAUCACCGAGGAUUCGCUGAGAAGUUCUUCAAGUUAUUCCCCAACCUUUACCGCCGCGAAUGUUCCGAUAGUUGUUCGAGAGAUUCAGUGCACAUCCGGCUGUACGUUUAACUCUGGUGCCAAUAGGAGUAUACUCGUCGAGUGCGCCGGAGUUAACGCCACUGUGUUGAGUUCUGACAUCGGUGUCUCGGACGGCGUCAUCCACAUCAUUGAUCGAGUUUUGGGAGCCCCGUCGCAUUCCCUUGGAUGGAAACUACAGAACGAAGAGCCCCUCGCAACGACCCAAGCUGUUGCCACCAAAGGGCACUGGAACAAGAAGCUGGAUAAUCCGAACAGCCAUUUCACCCUGUUCGCCCCCAACAACUAUGCCUGGCGCCAAAUUUCAAAGAGUGACUACAAUCGACUUGUUCGUCAACCGAGCGAACUUCAUGAUCAGGCUGCUGGCAUCAUGAACCGCCAUCUCGUGAACUCGCAAUUGAGUCGCGACGAACUUCUCAAGCUCUCUGAGCUUCGAACUGUUCGUGGAGACACAAUCAGACUAUCUCACGAUAAUGAUCAGAUUAAGCUCGCAUGGGGGAGUCGACAAUGCUCCGUCCUGAACAGCGACAUCCACGCAACGAACGGUGUGAUCCACAUCAUCGACUGCGUUCUCAUGGAGAGCGAUGAUUUGGUCUCGACGGCGCGAGCGGUAUCUUCGUCCAUCAGCGUCGUCUUGGCCGGGGUUGUUGCCGCAAUUUUCUUCAUCGGGAGACACUGA